AUGGGCAACAAUCGUUCUCGUGUAACACCUUCACGACCAUUAAAAAUAUUUGAUACUCAAACACGUGCACGAUAUAAAAAUCAACAAGAAUUAGUUCAACUACAUGUUAAACUUAGACAAAUAAAUUUUCAACAAAAUGAAGCACUUUCACGGCUAGCUUUUGAGAAACAUGAUGCUAAAAUGAAACUACAUGAAUUACGACAUGAAAGCGGACAAAGACAAUUCUUUAGAAAACUUAAUAAACGUAGUCGAAAAGAUAGUACAUCGUCGAUUGAUGAAUCUGAUAUCAGUGAUGAAACUGAUACAUCAGUAUCAGAUACUCCAAGCCUUCUUCUUCAUAAUCUUCAUGCAUCAAUGGAAUGGGAAAAAAGUAGUUAUAUUCCAGAUAACAGAUACGAUAUAACAAAUAAAACAAAAUCACCUCAUUGUUUUGAAACACUUCAAUCACAAUAUUUAUCAAAAUUCAAUACUAGUCAUCAUUUAUUCGAACAAAGUGAAGCAUUUUUAUCAAAUGAUCACCUAUCUUUAAAACAACAUACCGAAUUUUUGAAAAAAUCAAUUAAAAUUUCAGUCGCAAGAGCAGCACGUGAUUCACAUGCUGUAGCUCGUCGUAAAGCUCAACUCGAUUAG